UCACUCAAGUCCGGUCUCUACUUUUUACCAAUAAUUCUCUCAAUUUAUUAUUCUUAAUUAUUCCAAAAAUGUCUAAACCUUUUUAUAUUACUUUAAAAGAACUCAGAUUGGUAAGCGCCCUUUCUUCCUUCAUUUUUCUUCACAUCCUCAAAAUUAAAAUUUUUUUAAAAUUCAAUAAAUUCUUUUUUUUAAUGAUAAACCUUUCAUGCAUAGUCAUACUUUUCCUUAAAUUUUUUCAAUUUUCUUACCUUUUUUCACUAUUCACUCACAUCAUUUUUACAUUUAUUACUGUAUUUUUGGACUGACUGAUUUUGAAGCAUUUUUACACUUUUUUAAUAAAAAAGGAAAUUAUUUU